UGCACCGUGCACCACUUAAGCGCCCCAUGGCAUGCCAUGGCUGGAAGCAUCAGCUGCCCUCCCUUAGAACCGAGCUCGGGGAGGUGCUGGCACAACUACGGUCUGAAAUGGGUGCGAACCUGGGUAGAGCCGCAAGAGCAGGACCUCUACUACCAGCACUUCAACACAGGCAUCUACCGUGCUGCAGAAGUCGUGCGGGAACAACUCAUCGAUACAGCGGUCGAUGAGGUGGUCUCCACCUUAUCGCAGCCGCUGACACCCGGCGCCGCAAGGCGAGGGCGUUGGGCUCUGAGCGCGUUGCACGGCCUGCGCUACUCCCUUUGCGCGGUCGAAUUUCAGGAGUGUUACCAGUCCGAAGCCGAAGCAGCUGACAAACUCCUGACUUUCUGUAGCGUUGCAGAAGAAAUGCUAGCGCGGUUGAAUGUCCGAACCCCAAAUGGACACUCCAAUAUUUGCACUGCACUGCUGGUGCCGGAGGCCUUGGAGCAGGUGGUCCAAGAGCUGCUGCACAUGGCGCAGCCACCACCUGCGCCACCAACGGAAGAACUUUUUCAGU